UUUAAAUCGGUCUCUUCCUCCUAGAUAAGGAUACGGGGUUGUUGGUUGGUCAAUUGUCAGAAGACUGAUCGUACUCCUGCAGCAGAAGAGUCUGACUGCAGACAGGCAACCUGAGAAUGCAGAAGUACCUUGAAUAAGCAACAAUAUUUCGACUUACUGAGUAGGUGAGGAUGGGGAGGAAGGAUGCAUGCGCUGUGAUGGCCCCGGUCGACCAGUACCGGAAACAGAUUGGUAAACAAGACUACAAGAAGACCAAGUCAGCUCUAAAGUUGACGAAGUUAAAGGCUGAGGCGAAGAAGAGUGCUCCUGGAAUAAGGGAUGCUUUCCUGGUCAUCUUAGCCAUCCUGGUGUUCAUGCUCUGUGUGUAUGCGUUCUUCUACCUCAACCUGAGCACUGAACUGGACAUGGACCUGGAUGUGGACUAAAGCAGGAGAGGAGAGGACAACUUAACCUCGGGCUCUUGCUGGGCUACUGUCAGGCUCUGUCGGCAUGGCUCAUUGGAUAUUGUCAGGCUCUGUCGGCAUGGCUCAUUGGCUAUUGUCAUGCUCUGUCGGCAUGGCUCAUUGGCUAUUGUCAGGCUCUGUCGGCAUGGCUCAUUGGCUAUUGUCAGGCUCUGUCGGCAUGGCUCAUUGGCUAUUGUCAGGCUCUGUCGGCAUGGCUCAUUGACUCAUCUGGAUGCAAAUUUGACUCAAGAUUUUUUUUUUUGUCUGAUUCUGUUUAAUUUUUUUCCUGUUUUCUCCAUUUUGUUUUCUCUUUUUUUCGGCUUUUGUUCUCAAAAUCACACUUUUAUAGAACAUUCCAUUUUAGUUGUGGUCCAGAACGAUGCUUAAACCACGUCAGGAGACCACUUGAGGUCUGGGAAAAAUAAACAAAUAUAUAAUUGUCGAUGCUAGCGCACACCAGCAAUAGACUGUUUGAUAAGCGCUGAUAGCGGUAGCGUUCAUGUGAUGGCAGAGUUUGCAAAACAAUUGUCCACUGGAUUGUCAUUCUGCCAAUUAGUCUACUUUUGUAGUUAACAUUUAAUUGAUAUGUUUUUUGUUUUUUUUUGGGGGGGGGGCGGGGGGAGCUUUAUCAUCUACCAAGAAGACUGUUGACAUUAGCAUCAUCUCUAACAGCUACACAGAGACAAAUGCGCGAACACAGACAGGGCAGUCCUGUUGCCUCUUCAGAAAUAUGAAUCACUGAUGCGUUUUUAUUUCAUGUCUUUAUAUUAAUGAAUGUUACAAGUUCAAUAAAUUUUGUAAUAUUGUUGAA